UAACUCCUCCUAUAAUGACCAGUCCGAGGGAUGGAGCCUGAGUCAGGCAUCUCAAAGUGAUUGGAAGCUUCGCUCGGACUUAAAUAGAAUUUAGGAAUAUUUAUACAUACUUUUUAAAUAUACAUAUAUAUAUUUAACACCACGAACAAUUCGCUAGCUAGCGAGUUAGCGAGCUAACGAACCGGACAUCAGAGGAGGAUUAUAAUCUAUCACCGUUAUCACAGCGUGCGGUAUUUCACAUCGAGCCGUCAUGUCUACUGCAGGAGACUUCGGGAACCCACUCAGAAAAUUUAAACUGGUGUUUCUUGGAGAGCAAAGUGUUGGAAAGACUUCACUCAUCACCAGAUUCAUGUAUGACAGCUUUGAUAAUACCUACCAGGCCACAAUAGGAAUUGAUUUCUUGUCAAAAACGAUGUACCUCGAAGACAGAACAGUGCGCUUGCAGCUCUGGGACACAGCAGGGCAGGAGCGCUUCCGGAGUCUCAUCCCCAGCUACAUCCGCGACUCCACUGUCGCCGUGGUAGUCUAUGACAUCACAAACAUCAACUCCUUCCAGCAGACCACAAAAUGGAUUGAUGAUGUCAGGACAGAAAGAGGAAGCGACGUCAUUAUCAUGCUGGUUGGGAACAAGACUGAUCUUGCAGACAAAAGGCAAGUAUCUAUCGAAGAGGGCGAGAGGAAAGCCAAAGAGUUGAACGUAAUGUUUAUCGAGACGAGCGCUAAAGCCGGCUACAAUGUGAAGCAGCUUUUCCGGCGUGUGGCUGCCGCACUGCCUGGCAUGGAAAGCACACAGGACAAGAGCAGAGAAGACAUGAUCGACGUGACGCUGCAGAAUCCUCCAGAACAGCCUGUGAGCGAAAGCGGAUGCUCCUGCUAAGUCUCAGUCUCAACUGCACUGCACUCUACUCUCUCUCUUGUUCUCUGUCCAUAUCUCUUUUUACCCUCUGCCUCCAUGGUGUCGUUGCCUGCCUCCAUACUGGAACCUGAAGAGCACUACUUCCUCUAUCCAUUCAUCCAUCCAUCCAUCCAUGGAGCUGUGCUUUUCUGCUGAUCCAAUCAUGACCUUAAGCUUAAGCUUACCAUGCACAACAUGGACGUGAAAUGCAUCCAAUAUUAUUUUUUCCGUUAAAAGCUUGCACCCUAAAAAAUAUAUUUAAUUUAGACCUCAAAUUUCUUACUGUUUGCAUCCUGAGUGCAUUUAAAAUAAAGGAUCUAGGUAGUCGCUAACGUGUGAGCACUGAACAAUUGCAUUUUAUUCUAAACAGUACUAAUGGAAUAGAGGAAUCCUUCUCAGCUAUCAUUGUGAAUAAAGCACAGUGCAGAUAAAAAUGUUUACAGAUUGAUAGCAAUAUCCAAGUCUGUAUAUUGAAACUAUAGCAAUGUCUUGAUGGAUUGUGAAUGAAGUCAGCACAUUACAGAAGCUCUAGUCAAACUAGAGCAGUUCUCUAUUUCCACAUUAAAUCUUUUUUUUUUGUCGUCAUUUUUUUUAGACAUUGGCUGACAUUUGUUUCUUUUUAUAUAGACUGUUUAUAUAUAUAUAUAUAUAUAUAUAUAUAUAUAUAUAUAUAUAUAUAUAUAUAUAUAUAUAUAUAUAUAUAUAUCAUCAUAAAUCAUAAAAUCAAUAUGCAGGCAUGUCUUUAAAGAGUGUAUUUUAUAGUGCUUCCACUGGCUUUUUGUUAGUGUUAUCUUUUUUAUUUGUUUGAUUUGAUGUAACAUUGACACUUUAGAUUUCCCCCUCCUUUAGAUAAAUUUUUUGUUUGUGUGUUCUAUAAUAUUUAUUUUUACUUGAUUAUUUUUGCUUUAGAUUUUUAGCCUUUUUUUUUUUCAUUAUGAAGCACACUUCAGCUUCUUUUUUUCUUCUUCACUCCCUCCAGUGGAUGGCUGAUUUUAAGCAGCUCAUGAUACAGUGUAAUUUAUUUGAGGUUCUCUGCUCUCCUCUUCUUUUUUUUUUUUUUUUAUAUACUGUCACUGCUGUGUGCUGCUGUGUAAAAAAGCUCAUAAUUUGCACUCUUAUUGAUACCCCUAAUAAAUAUCUUUAUUUAGUAACA